AUGGCAACUAAAUUAACCGAAUUGACACCUUUGCAGCUUAAAGGUUCUGCGCAUAAACCGACACUAAUUGCAGCAAAACCUGUUAUUACAGUUCGUGAAGCAUUGAAAGAUAUGGCAAAACACAAUAUUACGUCUCUACCAAUUUACUCUCAUGAUUCUGAUAAUAUUGUUACCAUAGUAAAUUUGAUUGAUGUGUUAAAUUACAUCAUUAAAGAAGCCGUUGCCGAUGAAAAAUUACCAAAUUAUUUGGAUAGUGAAAAAAGUCAUAAUUUGAAUAAUCCGAUUGAAGUUGUUAUGCCUUUAGAUUCCGAACAAGAAAGUUAUAGGAUGUUUAAAUCUGACGCUAACGAACCUAUACUUAAGACCCUUGAGGCGUUUUCUAAGAACGUCCAUCGUUCAUUGGUUAUUGAUUAUUUAAACAAAGUUCCUCCAUAUAUCUUAACGCAAACUGAUAUUAUAAGAUAUGCACAUGCACAUCCUGAAGUUUUACCAGGAAUUGAUUUGAAUGCAUCUCUGGAGAGUUUUGGUUUGUCUGGAAGAGAUCGUGAAAUUGUUAUUGGGAGAGACAAUGAAACAGCUUUAAAUGUUUAUCGUAGGAUGGCUGAAAGAAAUCUUAUGGGAAUUCCGAUUAUAAACCACAAUACAAAACAAUUAGUUGGAAAUCUCUCUGUAUCAGAUUUACGUGGCCUGGACUAUAAGUCCAUUAACAAUCUCGUUUUACCAGUUCUUAAAUUCUUGGCUACCCUUCCAAACGCAGAUGCGAUCUUAAACCCAUUUACAGUCAAAAAAGAUAGUUCGCUUGGAGAAGCGCUAAAAUUAAUCACUGAGAGCCAUCUUCAUCGCUUAUGGAUCGUCGAUGAUGAAAAGAAAGUUAUUGAUGUUCUUUCACUUUCAGAUAUAAUUCGUGUAUUUACAAAG